GUAUAUCACUAUAAAACUCUCUCAGAGGUGACCAUGCUGAAGGAAUCGCACAUAAAAUGUGUGUAAUUUACUAACAGCAAAGCUUUUGGCAAGACUAUAUUGCCUGGAAUGCACUCGGCUGUGAGUGUGCGCACUCACUCAACAGGUUGUCCUUCAUUCUCACCAUCUGAGACAAGGUCGACUGACAGAGCGAUGCGCUCCAAAGUGAAUGGGACCAAAGGAACGUGGUGUGAUGCGGUUCAUGUAAUGAUUAUCCUUGAACACCUGCUGUGAUGACGCCACGAGGCAUAACCCACCCACUUGAAGUACAGGACCACUGACAGGAGGGGAAGUCUAUAUAGCCUAAUCCCUGUCACUUGUUUCAAGGGUAUCACAAACUGGAUCCUUGCAUCAAGGUCUAACCAUUUGAAAGGGAUUAUAGGAUUAUAGGAGCACAAGUCAAUAAUCAUGUCUCAUGGCUGGGGAUAUAGACCAUCUGACGGACCUGACAAGUGGUUUAAGGGCUUCCCCAUUGCUAAUGGACCCAGGCAGUCUCCUAUUAAUAUUAUUACUGGCCAAGCAUCCUACGAUUCUGCUCUGAAGCCCCUCAAUCUGAAGUAUGACCCAUCCAACUCCACAGACAUUCUGAACAAUGGCCAUUCCUUCCAAGUUGGCUUUGUGGAUGAUACUGACAGUUCAACAAUGACCGGAGGCCCCAUCACCGGCACAUACAGGCUGAAGCAGUUCCACUUCCACUGGGGAGCCAGUGAUUACAGGGGCUCUGAGCACACCGUCAAUAGAAUCAAGUUCCCAUGUGAGCUCCAUCUUGUGCACUGGAACACCAAGUAUCCCAGCUUUGGUGAAGCUGUUAGCCAACCUGAUGGUCUUGCUGUAGUUGGAGUGUUUCUGAAGAUUGGUGCUGCAAACCCCAGACUACAAAAGGUUCUGGAUGCUCUGGAGGCCAUCAAAUCAAAGGGGAAGCAAACUACAUUUUCCAACUUUGACGCCCAAACUCUGCUGCCUGACUCACUGGACUACUGGACAUACAAUGGCUCCCUGACCACUCCCCCUCUGCUGGAGAGUGUCACCUGGAUCAUCCUGAAGGAAUCAAUCAGUGUCAGCCGUACCCAGAUGGGUCAAUUCCGCAGCUUGAAGUUCAGCGGGGACGGAGAGGAACAUUGCUGCAUGCAGGACAACUACAGACCCCCUCAGCCUCUCAAGGGACGCAAGGUCCGCCGGUCCUUCAAGUAAACAGCCCCCAUCCCUCUCCCCCAGAUUAUAUAUACAUCGUGUGCCAUUUUAGCCUAUGCAUUGCUGUCAGAAUCUGCUAAUUGUUAACACCAUUGAUAAAACGAUCAGUAAAUACUAGAAAACUGAAAUGUAAACCUAAACCAAUGCAAUUUAAUAACAAGAGCCAGUGCAGAUGAGAUGCAUGCGCUGGAAUGGAUGGACAGCAGCUCCUGCACUUUAUGGAUGACAGUCAGUCAGAGAUAGAGGCAUUUAAUGGUAUAAUACUACAGGGCUUUUUUUUUCUUUUUUAAAAAUCUCAGUAAGCACAAACAGUGGCUUUGCAAGAGAUGGAAUCUUGAAUUAAUCCUUAAACACUUUACAUUAUAUGCCAUUUAGCAGACGCUUUUAUCCAAAGCAACUUACAGUCAUGCGUGCAUACAUUUUUGUGUAUGGGUG